CCUAAGGGCUACAAACUCGACUAUGGCCCGAUCUGCGCCGCCAACAAUGCUCCUGGCUACAUGGGCUACUACUUUUUGGACAAGUACGACCCCAAAGCCUGCGCUAAGCACUGCGACGAUGCAUACCCCGAUGCCAAAGGAGGUCCUUGCAAGUACUUCAAUAUCUGGGAGGGCGAGAUUGACAAGGGCGAGAAGCCACCAACUUAUACUUGCUCCUUGUACUACAAGAAGCUGGACGAGUCCAGUGCCACAAACCAUGGU